CAAUUGAAAUGAGCCUUUUAUUAGUGUGUGAAAACGUGGCAAACUCCAGAUGGAAUCAUCUCGUUUCAGUAAUUCUAAUAUUGAAAUACGUGCUUUUGUUCUCCCCGGAGACUCGCCUCAUAAAGACACAUAUAUUAACUGAGUUUAAAGGACCUCAGUCUUUAGGUUCACCUCAGAUUUAUUAAUGAUAGAUCUUUAGUUUUAUCCUGUUGCAGGGAUUUAUAAGGUUUAAAUCCUUACAUUUCUUUACCUGAAAACACCAUUGUCAGCAAUGAUUUAGAUUAUAUUCAAGAGGAGAUGAAAUAAGACUAGUUUCAUGGGUUAACUGAAUAUAAUAUCUUUAAGAGGCUCUCAUGAUUCUGAGCAUAAAGGUCCAGGUUGAAUAUAAACCUUUAAUAUGAUUCUGUUCACAGGACUUUCUGUAAAGUGUGUUCAGGUUCCAGUUUAAAGCUGUCCUGCUGGUUCUAUAAAUCAAUGUGGAAACCUGGCGGAUCACUUAAAGAGACAGUAACCAUGAAGGUCACAUGAUGUGAUUAGUUUGGAUUCAGUGGGCGUGGCUAGAGUGAUUGGGGGCAUGUUCGAAUGGUGGGGGCGUGGUCCCAGUGAUUGGAUCCACCUGCUGCUGAUUAAACAAUUAUAUAUAAGCCAUCAGAAAGACUGAGUGUGGCAAACAAGGGAAAAUCCGACUGAAGACGUCACCAUGUCAACUGUUGGUUCCACUCUGCGGGUUCUGGUUCUCACUCCUCAGCGGACACCGGGUUUCAUCAUCCCGUCUCGCAGCCCUCUGCACUUACUGUCCCCGAGACGCUCUCCGGACCACCGCCGACUGCUGUCCGACCCGGAGGAGGAUGAAGAGGAGUGCCUGCACUCUCAACACCGCCCUCGCUUCCUUCUGCCUCGCCCCUGGACGCCCUGCCCCCCUGCCGCAAGAGGCCCCCCCACAGUGGCCUCGGAUACGGAUCUGUCAACACGUGCCGCCAUGUCGCUGCCUCACGUGGAGAAGGUGACUACUCCAUACGGGUUCAGAGCGGUGUUGGCCUCCAGCCCCUGCACCCGCCGCCGGGAGUCCCUGUUCCAUCGGCGACAACCUGGGGCCCCACAGCUAGACGUGCCCCCCCCACAGGUUGUGGCCCCCCAACAGAAUGAGGCCCCAGCCCCCCCCCACCCUGGCCCAGUGCCCAGGGUCCGGUCCCUUGGCCUGACGCUGCUGAAGGAGUUAAAGAAACCGACUGCAGCGCUGAGGGCUCGGAGUCCUCGCAGACGCACCUGAACGCCUCGUCCUGAUGUCUUGUCCUGUCAGUUUUUAAUAUUUAAUA